CCGCGGGGGCCGCUCCCUCCUCCCGCGGGCGGGAGCCCUGGCCAAGUGGGUGCGCCCGGCCCAGGGCGGCCGGGAUCCGGUGUCGGCUGCAGCUGGCAGUGCGGCGCGCGCGGGCGCCGGAGCAGCCGCCCGCCGGCCGGGCUAUUAAUAACGCGCCCGCCGAGCCCGGGGUCGCGCAGCCAUGGCCAGCCCCGAGCCCCAGCGCAGCGGGGACGGCGCCGCCCAGGCCGCGAGGGAAACAAGAACAGAGGCCAAUUCUCUUCAAGGUAACUCUGAAUCCCUGAAUGAGGCUGAGACCUUAAAACCAGAAGCUCCUCUGUUUUUGGAGGGGAUGGUGAACCUAGAAGACAUUCUCUAUUUGGGAGGCACAGAUGACUUUGAAGAGUCACUCUAUGUGGAAGAGACCGAUAAGCCAGAUGACACCCUGUAUAUUGAGGAGUCUGAGCAGCCAGAGGCACUGUACAUGGAAGAACCUGUGAGUACCGAGGAGAUGCUGUACAUGGAGGAGCCUGUGAAGCCAGAUGAAAUACAAUUUGUGGAGGAGCUUGUGGAGUCAGCUGAGAGUCCAAGCCCAGGGCAGAUUGUUUGUGAGGGAGAGAUGGUUGCAAGGGAGAAAUCUAACCCUGAGGAGAGCCUCAGAGCAGAGUCAAGCUCCAGUGCAGAGGAGAACCUCAGCAUGGAGGACCUGGAACUGCUAGAGAGCCGUUUCCAGCAGUGUGUGCAAGCAGUGGCCCAGCUGGAAGAAGAGCGGGAUCAGCUCAUCCAUGAGCUUGUGUUGCUCCGGGAACCAGCCCUGCAGGAGGUGCAGCAAGUCCAUCAGGACAUCCUGGCUUCCUAUAAGCUGCACGCCCAGGCAGAGCUGGAGAGGGAUGGGCUAAGGGAAGAGAUCCGGCUGGUCAAGCAGAAGCUGUUCAAGGUGACCAAGGAAUGUGUGGCCUACCAGUACCAGCUGGAGUGCCGACAGCAGGAUGUGGCUCAGUUUGCUGAUUUCCGGGAAGCACUGACUACAAAGGCAGCCCAGCUUUCUGAGGAACUGGCCCAGCUCCGUGAUGCCUAUCAGAAGCAGAAAGAGCAGCUGCGGCAUCAACUAGAAGCACCUCCAAGCCAGAGGGAUGGGCACUUUCUCCAGGAGAGCCGGCGGCUGUCUGCCCAGUUUGAAAAUCUCAUGGCAGAGAGCCGCCAGGGCCUGGAAGAGGAAUAUGAGCCUCAGCUACUGCGGCUGCUGGAGAGGAAAGAAGCGGGGACCAAAGCUCUGCAGAAAACCCAGGCCGAGAUCCAGGAGAUGAAGGAAGCUCUGAGACCUCUACAAGCAGAGGUCCGGCAGCUCCUCCUGCAAAACAGGAACCUGGAGGACCAGAUCACACUUGUGAGGCAAAAACGUGAUGAGGAAGUGCAGCAGUACAGGGAACAGCUGGAGGAGAUGGAAGCGAGACAGAGGCAGUUAAGAAGUGGGGUGCAACUCCAGCAACAGAAGAACAAAGAGAUGGAGCAACUAAGGACCAGUCUUGCUGAAGAGCUCUCAAGUUAUAAGGCUAUGCUACCCAAGAGUCUGGAACAGGCUGAUGUUCUGACUUCUCAGGCAGGUGGAAUCGAGAUACAGUCCCAAGGAAAAAGGAAUGACUAAGGAAGCAAAUCUAAAGAAUCCCAGGGGCUGUUUAGAAAAGUAUGGCUGAAUCUAAUCCAGAAACAACCUAAGAACUUCUUAGCAAAGGAUCACUAAGUAUCCUUGGGACAUAUUUUCCCACAGACAAAAACGUGCCAGAACUUGGCAAGCAAUUUACCCCAUGAAAAUUGCAAAUACGGGUCAACCUGCUUAAAAAGAUUCUAAGCAGAACACCAGUCAACUUUUAUCUGGAUUCUAUUUCCUACGCUGCUGGUACUGAUCUCAAUGCACCAAGGAAUGGAAAAAUAAGUCUUAUCUUCCAGCAGCAACCCUCACAUGUACUGCUGAGUAAAGGAUGAACAUAUGGACACACCUUGCAGUAUUGUGAAGAAUGUAUGUUGCCCCAAACCAAAAAACACUUAUUUUCGGGGACAAAGCUGGGGUCAAAAUGGCAGCCAAUUUCAACUAUAUGGGUUUACAGUUUGAAUUCCUUUGUGCUAUGGAGUGUUAGAUUUUAAAUGGAUCCUUUUACAAAGUUUACUUUUUCUUAAACGCUAUGCAGACUCAAUUUAUUCUUAAAAUUGUAUCAAGAUUAAUCUUCACUAUACCCUAAAACAACUAGAGCUGAAGAAAAGGAACCAAUUCAGGUUUGAACCAAAUUGAGACUAUUCAGAUUUUCCCAAAGACCUUAAGUGGUUUUGGGAUCAAGAGUGAUCUGCUCAGUCAAAAAACUGAGUGACUGGAAAGCACCAGGCAUUUUACCUGAUUAUGGCAUUUGCUGGUAAAGACUUUCUUUCAGAACCUAUUAUUUCUAACCUUUAAGUACAGGCCCCAGUGAAAUUCAUACUGGGGAGAUUCAACCCAUGUUUAAGAAAAUCAAGUACUUUUCCAGAUUUAAAGUCUGCCUUAAAUUGUACCAUACUGCCUUUGACACUCUUGAAAGCCUGUAUAGUCUCUAGGGACAAACUUAAAAAGAUGUCAUUUUAUCAGACUAGCUUGUGCACCUCUGUUUUUCACUUUUCCUGGAAAGAAGUAAAGCUCUUUUUCUAGCUCUGGGUCUAUUUAAUUCUACUCUUGAUAGUGAAAGACCAUAGAAAAUAAACUGUCAUCUGAACUACUAAUCUACAAGCCAGAGACUGGGAUUUGAUGGAUGAUAUAUAUUAAAUAAAACCCAUUAGCAUGGGGUUAUAUAGAAAAGCAAUUUAUUCCAUUAUAAGCACUUACACAGUUAGUAAUGGAGAGUAACAGGCCUGCUGGUGAAACGGGUCACCCAAAACGGAGAUGGUAUCAAACUAGUGGUCAAGGACUAACUCCUAAAAAAAAAAAGCAACUCUUAUCAAGGAUUAAUUUAAU